CAAAAACUUUCAAAGCCCACCACUUUUCUUUUUUCUUUUUCUUUUCUUUAUAUUUAAGUCUCUCUCUCCCUUCUCUCCUCUUGGUAGUUCAUCUUCAUCUUGAUUAAAAUUUUAUUUUAGUUUUCUUUUUUCUUUUUUUUUUUUUUUUUUGGAGAAAUUGGAAAAAAUGGUGGAUCUUCAAAUCGUUUGCUGCAUGUGCGGCGAUAUCGGUUUCCCUGACAAGCUCUUCCGUUGCAACAAGUGCCACAACCGCUUCCAACACUCCUACUGCAGCAAUUACUACAGUGAAUCCGCGGAGCCAAUAGAGGUGUGUGAUUGGUGUCAGUGUGAAGGUCGGACUUCCUCCAGAUCACACGGAAGCUCUUCCCGGAGACCGCCGUCGACCGGUACAAACGCCGCCGGACUCAUGAGCCGCUCCGAGUAUUCCGGCGAAAAAAUCAAGCACCAUCAUGAUGAUUCUGCAACCACCAUCGAGAAGGGGAAACACGGCGGCGCCGGUAGCACUCCGUCGCCGAGACCGACCACGCGGAGGUACAAGCUUCUGAAGGACGUAAUGUGCUGAAAAAAGGGCGGUGAUUAAAACGCAGCGUUCCGGGGUUCGUUUCAUUUUCUCUAUAUAGUUCUCUUUUUCUUAUUCUCAAAUGUUAAUUAUUAUUAUUAAUAAUAUAUUAAAAAAAAAGUAUAUAUGUAGAUAUAUAUAAUAUAGGUUGCUUUCGAGUGUGCGUGGAAACAUCUGUAGACUCCAUGAAUUUUGCUUUGUGUUAUAUAUAUAUAAAUAAAUAAAUUAUAUAGUUUUCA